AUGAAGUCGAUAUGCUACGAAGUAGAUUCAGGUGGCGACACCGAACUGAUACUAAAAAAUCCAAACAAGCAGAACAUCGUGCCAGAUUGUCCUGAUCGUACUCCUGAGGGGGAUCCCAAUGCUCUGGCAUUCGCCAACCCGCCAUGCCUUGGUCGAUAUCAAGUCUUGAGCGAGCUCUAUUCCGAUGAUCAGAACGAGACUCCGGAAGUCGAAGUUCGCAUACGAGUUUCUUCCCGACAUUUGAUCUUCGCCUCUCGAUACUUCCGAUUCCUGGAUAGUGUUCACGGUCGUCACGUCGGGAUCCCAACAGACAUGAAUGCUGGACUCCUGACUCGAAUUGCAAGCAUUGUUGACUACUACCAAUGUCGCGGGCCCAUGCAUUUUGUUUAUCAAGCGUGGACCUUUAGUAGACAUCUACCUAAUGAGCUAUGCAAGAGGAACUUGAUGUAUUUGUUUUCCGCCUGGGUAUUCCACGAUGAGGAAAGAUUCCGCUCACUGGCAGCUUCGUUUCUGAAUCGCAGCACUGGGAUGUCCGAAAUCGAGACCCAUGACCUUCCUGUCGGCGAGAUGCUCACCAGGCUCGAACGUAGAAGACAAUUCCUACUCAAUGAUAUCUUGGAAGCCAUGGACUCUCUCCAGGAAGAAAUGGUGCAAGAAAACGGCUGCCAACAUGAGAGCACUGACUGCAGCGAGAUCAGCCUCGGUAUAUUGAUGCGAGAAAGGCAUCGAAUUGAUCCACCUUUCGUUGCUCCCUUUAAUGGGUACAGUCUAGACAAGAUAGUAGGAAAGAUCAUGGGCUUCAAGAUCCCAAUGUCGCCGCACUGUGCCAUCAAUGAAGAACCCUAUGUCUUCCACGCACGCGGCAAUUAUCACCCCUGUACCACUCUGGGAAGAUUGAAGCCAAUCCUGAUGGAGAUAAAACAAGCGGUCGAGGGCGUUAAUGUGGCUGAUUUCGUAUCUCGAGAUGCUAGCGACUAG